CCGAGCGCCGAGCAGUCGAUGGAGAUGGCGGUCGCUCCUGCGUGAGGGGCCGCUGAGGCCCAGAACUCGGGUCUCAGGACUGCGAGCCCGCGGGAACCGGUUGGGACUUCACCUACUCCAGAGAGGAAACCUCAUCCAAGGCCACGAUUCCACGUCCCCAUCAUCUGUGUGCUGCUUGGUUGAGCUGAUGCUGUGGGAGUCCUGGUCUCUUGUGGAGAAAUCAAGCUGACUCUUGGCAUGAGGCCCCUGCUUUGUGGGGGUUGAGAGGGACACUACCAUGGCUUCUCUGGAUGACCCAGGGGACGUGAGAGAGGGCUUCCUCUGCCCUUUGUGCCUGAAGGACCUGCAGUCUUUCUAUCAGCUGCAGUCACAUUAUGAGGAAGAGCACUCUGGGGAAGACCGUGAUGUCAAAGGACAAAUUAAAAGUCUGGUCCAGAAGGCUAGGAAAGCAAAGAACAGGCUGUUGAAACGAGAAGGAGAUGACCGCGCAGAAUCGGGGGCCCAAGGAUACGAGUCUUUCAGCUAUGGAGGGGUUGAUCCAUACAUGUGGGAACCCCAGGAGCUUGGUGCAAUGCGAAGCCAUCUUUCCGACUUCAAAAAACACCGAGCUGCCAGAAUUGACCAUUAUGUUGUCGAAGUCAAUAAAUUAAUAAUCAGGUUGGAGAAGCUCACUGCGUUUGACAGAACAAAUACCGAGUCUGCGAAGAUCCGAGCAAUAGAAAAGUCCGUGGUGCCUUGGGUCAACGACCAGGAUGUCCCUUUCUGUCCAGACUGUGGGAAUAAGUUCAGCAUCCGCAACCGCCGCCACCACUGCCGCCUCUGUGGGUCUAUUAUGUGCAAGAAGUGUAUGGAGCUCAUCAGUCUGCCCUUGGCAAACAAGCUCACCAGUGCCAGCAAGGACUCCCUGAGUGCUCACACCAGCCCCAGCCAGUCACCCAACAGUGUCCAUGGCUCCCGCCGGGGCAGCAUCAGCAGUGUCAGCAGCGUGAGCUCUGUCCUGGACGAGAAGGAUGAUGACCGGAUCCGCUGCUGUACACACUGCAAGGACACGUUGCUCAAGAAGGAGCAGCAGAUCGAUGAGAAGGAGCACACCCCUGACAUCGUGAAGCUCUACGAGAAAUUACGAACCUGCAUGGAGAAAGUUGACCAAAAAGCUCCUGAAUACAUCAGGAUGGCAGCAUCAUUAAAUGCUGGAGAGACAACCUACAGCCUGGAACAUGCCAAUGACCUUCGAGUGGAAGUGCAGAAAGUCUAUGAGCUAAUAGAUGCUCUGAGUAAGAAGAUCUUAACCUUAGACGUAAAGCAGGACCCUCCACCACAUCCAAACACUUUGCGGCUGCAGAGGAUGAUCAGAUACUCAGCUACACUUUUUGUGCAGGAAAAAUUGCUUGGUUUAAUGUCACUGCCAACCAAAGAACAGUUUGAGGAACUGAAAAAGAAAAGGAAGCAGGAAAUGGAAAGGAAGAGGAUCCUGGAGAGACAGGCUGCCUUGGAAUCCCAGCGAAGGCUUGAGGAAAGGCGGAGUGACCUGGUGUCCCAUGCGACCAAUGGGGAGGUGGUGUCCCUUCGAGGGGGCCCUACUCCCUUGAGAAAGGCUGAGGGCUGGCUCCCGCUGUCAGGAGGUCAGGGGCAAAGUGAGGACUCGGACCCUCUCCUCCAGCAGAUCUACAACAUCACGUCCUUCAUCAAGCAGGCUAAGGCUGCAGGCCGGGCAGAUGAAGUGCGCACACUGCAGGAGAACCUGCGCCAGUUGCAGGAUGAAUAUGACCAGCAGCAGACAGAGAAGGCCAUCGAGCUGUCCCGGAGGCAGGCCGAGGAGGAGGACCUGCAGCGGGAACAGCUGCAGGUGCUGUGGUUGCGGGAACAAGAAAGGGAACAGUGCCAGGCAGCAUCCCUGCACACGCGGACUCGAUCCCUGGACUUCCGAGAAGUCAGGCCUUUUCACCUGGAGCCAGGCAGAGAGCCUCGAAGCCACCUUGCUCAUGCUUUGGAUCUGGGCUCUUCCCCGUCUCCGAGCAGCACAGCCCCCAAGAUCCCUUCACCCAGCUCAGCUCUCCAGCCCCUCAGAGUGUGGUCUGGGCCCCCAGCCCUUGGCCAGGAAUUCUCCCCCCAGAGCACCACAUUCCAACACAGUGAGGCGCCCUCCCUAAAUCCCUUUGAUGAGGAAGACCUCCCCAGCCCCUCAGCUGAGGGCACAGCCAGCCCUACUGCUGCAGAGCCUUCCCUCAGCCCUUCAGCCUGCAUCCUCAAAGAGUACAAUCCUUUUGAGGAGGAGGAGGAGGCGGUGGCAGGAAAUCCCUUCACUGAUGCUGACAGCCCAGCCCCCAAUCCCUUCGAUGAAGAAGAAGAGCAUCCCAGUCAGAGGCCCUCAGGCCCUCCUGUUCCUGGCAACCCCUUCGAGGAAGCCCCCUGCACCAACCCCUUCGAGGUGGACAGCGACAGUGGGCGGGAGGGCGAGGAGCCCAUAGAGGAGGAGCUCCUUCUCCAGCAGAUUGACAACAUCAAGGCGUACAUCUUUGAUGCCAAGCAGUGUGGCCGCCUGGACGAGGUGGAGGUGCUGACUGACAACCUGAGGGAGCUGAAGCGCACCCUGGCCAAACAGAAGGGUGCCGACUGACCUCGAUGGGUGGGGUGUCUUUGUGGGGAGGGUUGCUGAGGUUCAUGGAGAAGGAAGUGGGCGAGGUUUAAGAUGCACACAGGUUAGUGGGGGAGGAAUCUGCUGCUUCGUGCUGUGCACCUGGAGCUUUCUCCACCAUAGUUGAAUAAAAAAAUGGGAAGUGGAACAGGAAGAAUCAGCACACGUUUGCUGUUUUUCCUGUUUUUUUUUUUUUUUUUUGCUUUUCAUUGGGCUUUCCCUUUAGCAGGGACUUUAAAUCUUCACUGCCGAGAUAGUAUAUGCAGUUCUGUAGGACCCCGGGCAGAAGCGGCUGCCAUGCACCUUGUGCUUCCAUUUGUUCCUGCCUGCUGUUUGGUCCUUACGCAGUAUUAUAGGGCAGCCUAUAUUAAGACCCUUCCUUUAGGCAAGACAGACAAGCUAGAGUCCUUUAAAUCUUCCUCUGCUCUGGCAGAAGUCUGUCCCCCUGAGGCUAAGUUCCUUUCACCUGGGGCUUCCUCUGCCCUUCUGGGGAGGGAUUGCUGUGAAGGCAGCAGUUUAGACCCAGAAAAGCCCAGCACCUCUCAGAGGGGUGAGGUUUCACCAGGGCCUGUUACCCUCUUACUCAGUUCUCUUUCAGGAAGUUAAGCUCCUAGGGCAGAAGUAUCACUGUGAGUCUGAUGAUGAACUUUUUAUAGAAAAUAAGAGUGGUUAUGGGUUCCCAGUGGGUUAAACAUCCAGGGUUGUCACUGUUAUGGCGAGGGUUUCAUCCUUGGCUGGGGAACUUCCAAAUGCGGUGGGCCAAAAAACAAAAAAGAAAAAGAAAAGAAAAUAGGAGUGGUUAGCCUUUGAGUUGAUAGAGGUAGUAUAAUUUGGGAGAAUAGGCUUUACCUCUGUAGAAUUGAAUGACUGCUGGGACAAUUGUCUGUCCCUGGAGAAAGCUCCUUCUAGAGCUUUGGCAAAAUUACUCUGGGACAUUUUCAGUGGGCCCAGUCUAUGGUUCAGGAAUUGAUGAUCAGGAAGUUUUUGAGGAAUAUUGUUAGAGGAGUUGAUGCUUUCCUGAGUCAGAAGGUCGAUUAAAAUAUCUUCCAAGGCUAAUUGAUGGGCCUUCUUGUCUUCUGGUUCAUCUUGUCCUGACCGUGGGCACUGGUGAGUUCCUUACCAGUGUUUAGUAAUAAGAAACUGAAAUGUUUGAGAGAGGCACAACCCAGGAUCAUUCUAGUAGAACCAUAGUACUUGAACUCUUCACCAGUUGAGGGCAAAAAGGGAAAUUGUUGAUUUAGUUCUGGUGCUUAGGUUUACAGGAACAUAACCCUUAACUGACGUCUGACAUCAUGAAACCCAAGUGUACUCAGCUUUGGGUAGAGUUCCUGCAAUUAUGCUUGUUAACUAAUGACCACUAGUCACUUUAUACCCCUUAACUAACUCUGGGUGAUACUCUCAUUGGUUAGUAGAGUGAGAGCUGAAAUUCAUUUUGUUACAUUCUGUGAAGAACCCUGUUGAUCUUGAGAAUGUCUGAAAAACAUUGUGGUAUAAAAAUAAUCUAUAUUUGUAUUGAUACUAUUCACAUGUCUUUAGUACCUGCUGGAUCUUUGGCUGGAUAGAAAGGUCUUGUGCAGGGGUGUGGGGAUGGGGAGUGGGUGGGUGGAGAGUCUGUGGAUGACACUUGCCACUUGGGUUCUGUUCACAAAGGAAUGUAAAGUGGGGUCCUAAGGUCCACCACUUACCAACCUUGCUGCUUGUCAUGGUUUUUGGAGGUUGGCAUUUAGGCAUCUAAAAUGUUGUCUGGUACAUGUGUCUUUUCUUCCUCAAGGUCAUUGCCCUUCAUGCUGUUACUCUAGAGGGGUUUACCGAUGGGCUGCAUGCUCCUACCUGCUCAUCUGUCUUUUCUCUCUGACUGAAGAGAAGGAAGCUCUCUGCACCAAAAGCAGGUCGUUCCAGAAGCUAAAUGCUGCUCUCCCUCAUAAUUUCCUUUCUAAUGAGAAUACAUCUCUUUUAGUUAGCUAGUGGUUUCAAUUAAGACCAAUUUACCAAACAUAGCCUUUCCCUGAAAUCAACUGCUAGUGGCAGUUAGUAAUUAACUAAGAGAAUCGAGAACCACGCACAUAAGAAACGUGUUUUUAAACUUAAAAAAAAAAAAAUCACUGAAUAUACUAAAACAAACUAAAACCCUUCUGGACUCAAACCCUCUGAUGUGAUUGAAUUCUUCCAUGGCUGUAUUUUUCCAUGAAUUCUUCCAUUUAAUUCUCCCAUGGUUAUAUUCUCAUAUAGUCACAGGCAUGACAAGAGGUAGAAUUCUCUACCCCUGAUUUGUACCAUUUCCUGGAAUUCACAUGGGCACAAAGUUGUAUUUACAGGGGUUGGUUAACAUCAAGGAAAAGAUGACCUGUGAUUGCCACCAUAACUUCAAGUUCUUGCCUCAUGUGAAUAUUUCACUCAUCCUGCAUUCCUUCAAUGCAAACAGCUCCAUGUUAUCAGAAAAUGAGCAAGUCCUUGAUACAGCAUUGGCAUAUGUCCCUAGACCCAGAGCAUGUAUGGAAGAGACUUUGGGGAUUCAGGCAUCAAAUGAAGCUGGCUUUUCACUUUUAUGCUGUGUUUGUAUUUUCCCUGUCUAAUACACUAAGGACACUUACUCAUUA